AUGCGUGAGGGGCGAUUGAGCGGCCGGGCUCGCCCUCGAGCUCACGACAGUCGCGGUUUACAGCAUGGGAGCUACACAAUUAAGAUGGACGCAUUCAACCUAGGGCACGAACAUCCUGUGGAUCAGCAGCCCGAUGUCCGGGCGUUUGCCAGGGUAUGCGUCCUUUUCUUCAUGAGCCUCGCCGUGAUCGUAUACCACUUCUCCCUAGAUUUGCCGGAUAGCACGCCGGCAAUAGAGGUGCGCCAAACACCGGCCGUGAAGUUUAACGACAUGUCCGUGACCUCCCUCAAGAUAUACGUCCACCCGGCGCUCACGCUGCCCAGGACCAGCUUCCAGUUAGCGGGCAUGGCAGACAAGAUCAACGUGGAACCAUCGAGGAUACUCGGCAUCGAAAAGCAAACCACGCUGCGUUGGGAAAGGGAUGCGGAAAACGCGCUCAACCUGUCGCCCUCGAACACCUUGUACGGGCUAACGAGCAUAUACACGCACAUGGAGAAAGAAGGGGAGAUGUUUACGGGCAUUCUGCGCAUGCCGCUGUCGGUAUGCAGACAUUCGUACUACUCCUGGACCUGCCAGAACAGCGAAAAGCACGCUGCGUACGACAGCUCCUACUGCGUGGUAGUGCUGCAGUCGGAUUCGCUGCAAACUAUACUCGACACGGCGCGAGAUGCUGCGCAAACAGAGCAAAUUGAAUUAAAAGAGCCGUAUGUAAAGGGCACGUUCUGCGGAAACCCGAUGCUGCAGCGCAUCGCGGCGGGACCGGACUCGGUGUACCUGCUCAAUAGCAAGAAGGAAAGCCAGGAGCCGGAAAGGGACUACCUCCUGUGCAGAUUCAACAUCGAGCAUGGGGAGCUAUCGCAGUGCAUAGACGUUGGAACGAAGAAAUAUUCCCUCGGCAUGGCGCUUGCGCUGAUGUAUUCCCCAAUGGUGGAUACCGUCGCAACCGUACAGUACCAAGAUACGGACACGCUCAAACUCGUCACAUUCGACGGGCAGCAGCUCAACACCAAAGCAAUACUCAAGCAGCUGCCCUCUGCCAGCGGUUAG